CACACACACACACACACACACACACUUGCGCGCUCCUUACUACGGUUGGCGAUGUGACGCGCCACGCUCGCCUUGUGGAAUAGCGGAGUAUCCGAGCGCGUGCAGAAGCGGAGGGAGUGCGGGUUUUGCUUUUCCACGGAGAAAAAGAAAAUAAAAGGGGGAUGAAGCGAGAACGGAGGACGCCGUUCACCUUGACUAUGGAUUUGCUCACGUUUUUGUGCGCCUUCGCGGCUGUUUCAGGGAUGGAAGAGACUAUUUUGGACACACGGACUGCCACAGCUGAACUCGGCUGGACAGCGUACCCUGCAUCAGGGUGGGAGGAGGUAAGCGGCUAUGACGAGAACCUGAACACCAUUCGCACGUACCAAGUGUGCAACGUGUUUGAGUCGAGCCAAAACAACUGGUUAGUGACCACGUUCGUGCGGCGUCGUGCUGCCCAGAGGGUCUACGUGGAGAUGCGCUUCACAGUACGUGACUGCAGCAGCAUCCCUCGUGUUCCAGGCUCAUGCAAAGAGACGUUUAACUUGUACUACUACGAGAGCGACCAGGUGAUCGCUACCAAGGGUGCAACAUUCUGGACAGAGGCACCCUACCUCAAGGUGGACACCAUUGCUGCAGACGAGAGCUUCUCUCAGGUGGACUUCGGUGGGCGCCUAAUGAAAGUCAACACAGAGGUGCGCAGCUUUGGCCCGCUCUCCAAAAAUGGUUUCUAUCUAGCCUUCCAAGACUAUGGGGCAUGCAUGUCACUGCUGUCCGUGCGGGUCUUCUACAAGAAGUGCCCAAGCGUUGUGCAGAACUUUGCAGUCUUUCCUGAGACUACAACUGGAGCUGAGAGUACAUCGCUGGUGAUUGCUCGGGGUUCCUGCAUCCCAAACUCUGAGGAGGCAGACGUGCCCAUCAAACUUUACUGCAAUGGUGAUGGCGAAUGGAUGGUGCCCAUCGGUGGCUGCACUUGUAAGGCUGGCUUUGAGCCUGACAAUGGCAAUAUCUGCAGAGCAUGUCCUCCUGGUACGUUUAAGUCCAUGCAGGGCACAGGGCUGUGUCUACAGUGUCCUCCUAACAGCAGGUCCACAUCUGAGGCCUCCACCAUUUGCGUGUGCAGGAACGGCUACUAUCGAGCAGAUGGAGACCUGCCAGAUAUGCCAUGCACUAGUGUUCCGUCUGGUCCACGGAACGUCAUGUCUGUUGUAAACGAGACCUCAGUGACCCUGGAGUGGCAUUCGCCUCGUGAAACCGGAGGUCGUAGAGAUGUCGUAUACAACAUUGUGUGUAAGAAGUGCAGUGCCGAGCGGCGCUCAUGCUCGCACUGUGACGACAGCGUGGAGUUUGCGCCACGCCAGCUGGGCCUCACCGAUACUCGCGUGUUCAUCAGUAACCUGUUGGCACAUACGCUGUACACGUUUGAGAUCCAGGCCGUCAACGGGGUGACCAACAAAAGCCCGUACCCGGCGCAGCAUGUCUCUGUUGACAUUGCCACUAAUCAGGCUGCUCCAUCUACGGUUCCCAUAAUGCACCAGGUCAGCUCCACCAUGAGGAGCAUCACGCUGUCAUGGCCACAGCCAGAACAGCCCAAUGGCAUCAUACUGGACUAUGAGCUGCGUUAUUAUGAAAAGGAACUAAUGGAGGUUAACUCAACGGUACUGAGGACUCAAACCAACACAGUUCGCGUGGACGGUCUCAGGCCCGGCACGGUCUAUGUGGUACAGGUUCGAGCCAGAACAGUGGCUGGAUUCGGCAAAUACAGCAACAAGAUGUGCUUUCAAACUCUCACAGAUGAAGACUUUAAGUCAGAGUUGAGGGAGCAGUUGCCACUAAUAGCUGGCUCAGCGGCUGCUGGUGUGGUCUUCAUCGUGUCUCUGGUGGCCAUUUCAAUAGUCUGCAGCAGGAAACGAGCUUACAGUAAGGAAGCAGUGUACAGUGACAAGCUUCAGCACUACAGUACAGGGAGAGAACUUUCUUUGAGACCAGAUCUGUCUAACUGCCACUCCCCCAUGGGCUGCCCAACCCUGCCAGGCUCACCAGGGAUGAAGAUCUACAUUGAUCCAUUCACCUACGAGGAUCCCAACGAAGCCGUGCGUGAAUUCGCCAAGGAGAUCGACGUCUCCACUGUCAAAAUCGAAGAAGUCAUUGGAGCAGGUGAGUUUGGAGAGGUAUAUAAAGGGCGCCUGAAGUUGCCUGGUAAAAGGGAGAUCUAUGUAGCCAUCAAGACCCUCAAGGCAGGCUAUUCUGAAAAGCAGAGGCGGGACUUUCUUUCUGAGGCAUCAAUCAUGGGCCAGUUUGAUCACCCCAACAUCAUCCGCUUAGAGGGCGUCGUCACCAAAAGUCGUCCAGUCAUGAUCGUCACGGAGUUUAUGGAGAACGGAGCGUUGGACUCUUUUCUCAGGCAAAAUGAUGGCCAGUUCACGGUGAUCCAGUUGGUGGGAAUGAUGCGAGGCAUCGCGGCAGGUAUGAAGUACUUGUCUGAGAUGAACUACGUUCACCGCGACCUGGCCGCUCGCAACAUCCUGGUCAACAGCAACCUGGUGUGUAAAGUGUCUGACUUCGGCUUGUCACGCUACCUGCAAGAGGACACAUCUGACCCCACCUACACCAGCUCACUGGGAGGGAAGAUCCCGGUGCGGUGGACGUCUCCGGAAGCCAUCGCGUACAGGAAGUUCACCUCAGCAAGCGACGUGUGGAGCUACGGCAUCGUCAUGUGGGAAGUGAUGUCGUUUGGCGAGCGGCCGUACUGGGACAUGUCCAAUCAAGAUGUGAUUAACGCUAUAGAACAGGACUAUAGGCUUCCAGCGCCGAUGGAUUGCCCAACCGCUCUGCACCAGCUCAUGUUGGACUGCUGGCAGAAAGACCGAAAUGCUCGGCCACGUUUUACUGAUAUCGUUAGCACGCUGGACAAACUCAUACGCAACCCAACGAGUCUAAAGGCUGUUGCUAGCAUGCCGUCUAUUCCGUCUCAGCCGCUGUUGGACAGGUCUCUUCCUGACUUCAACACCUUCAGCUCAGUGGAAGACUGGCUGUCUGCUAUUAAGAUGUCUCAGUAUAGAGACAAUUUUCUGAACUCUGGCUUCACUUCCCUGCAACUCGUUGCCCAGAUUACUUCAGAAGACUUGUUGAGGAUAGGUGUGACUCUGUCCGGCCACCAGAAGAAGAUCCUGAGCAACGUGCAGACCAUGCAGAUGAGCCAGUGCCAGUCUCCAACAGCUCUGGCAUGACUACAGCAGGCGCCAGUCGACGGGCCAGGCAUCCUGCUCAGUGUGCAGGAGCGGGUGAGCACUGGCACGUCGGAGCGCGCCAGGGUCGAGACGAUCAUCCUGAUCUGAUAAAGAGACAUGCUGUGUGCUGAUACACACUCCAGAUCAGUGUGUCUGUAAAGAGAAAAACAAAACAGGGAUACCUGUCUGUCUGUCCAUCUGUCUGUCUCUGGCUGUACAUAAAGAAAUCCCAUUCAGCCAUUAUUAUAAAAGCAGAAACACUCCAUCCGUUUCAAAUACAAAGGACAUUUUUAUACAGUUUUUCCUUUCUUUUCCUUUAGUUUCCCUCACGGAUCAUCAGGCUGAUUUUUUUCUUUUUCUCAAAGAUUUUUAAUCUGUGGGCUCAACUGAGGAUCUACUACAAAGAAAAAAAUAUACUUCCUUUUUUCGGUUGCUGUUAUAUAUUUCUUUUCUUUUUUAUUGAAACAAAAUACAGCUAUACCUCGUA